GUGCUCAGUUCCCUCAUCUGCUUUAUUUGUUGGGAAGUUUAGGAGCCUGUCCUGUCUUUGGGCUGCGCUCACAAGUCCGGAGGGGGAUCCCUCUGGUCUGAGGAUGCUGGGGCCCCCUGAAUCCAUUUCCCCUGACAGAUCCCUCCUAACCAGCAGCCCUAAAACUGGCUUCAGUUGCAAGAUGGUACUGCAGGCUGUGGGCAAGGUGCUAAGAAAAUCUAAGGCAAAGCCAAAUGGGAAGAAGCCGGUGUCUGAAGAGAAGAAACUGUACUUAGAGCCAGAAUACACACGUGUCCGGGUCACAGACUUUGAGUUCAAGGAGUUGGUGACUUUACCACAAGAGAUUGACCUCAAUGAGUGGCUGGCUAGUAAUAUUACCACAUUUUUCAACCACAUUAACCUUCAGUACAGCACCAUCUCAGAGUUCUGCACAGGAGAAACCUGCCAGACAAUGGCUGCAUGCAAUACACAGUACUACUGGUAUGACGAGCGAGGAAAGAAAAUAAAGUGCACAGCCCCCCAGUAUAUUGACUUUGUCAUGAGCUCUGUACAGAAGUUGGUGACUGACGAAGAUGUCUUCCCAACCAAAUAUGGAAAAGAAUUCCCCAGCUCAUUUGAUUCUUUGGUCAAAAAGAUCUGCCGAUACCUUUUUCACGUCAUGGCUCACAUUUACUCUGCACACUUCAAGGAGACUGCGGUUCUAGAAUUGCACGGACACUUAAAUACACUCUUUAUCCACUUCCUCCUUUUUGUGCGGGAGUUCAACCUACUGGAUCCCAAGGAAACUGCCAUCCUGGAUGACCUAUCUGAAAUCCUCUUUUCUGAAGAGAGCCGGGAAGCUGCAGGGGCAACAGGAGGAGCACAGAACCACGUGAAGGAGAGAUGAGUCUCCCCCCCAUAUUUUGCUUUCUCUCCUUACGCAGCCCCCUAACAGCGUGCUCACCCCUUACGGCAAGCUGACUUACCUCCCGGCUCACGGCACUGGGGAGAAGCGGAUGUAGGUGCUACUUUGCCUAAUUUACGGGGGACGCUCUGCCUGUUAUACCCCAACCUGAAGGGGAAGCAAACCUCGCUCUUAUCUUUAGCAGGAAGUUGCACCGAAUAUCACCUUAUUUUAUUUUGUGUUUUGGAUUUUUUUUUAAGUUAACAUGUUUUUGUCCUUUGUUGUUUUUUUUUUUUCCUUUUUCUUUUCAGUCUCCUCCUUAUAGGUGGUACUUCCAUUUUUUUUUGGGAGGGGGGAUUUACCUUUUUAUUUUGCUGUGGCUUUGGAGGGACAUUGGAUUCUCUGGAGUGGGGUGGAAAGACUGUAACAGUUGAGAAGAAACCAGUUCCUGUUACCUUCUGUAGUCGCUGUCUGGGCUGGAUUAAGCCACCUCCUGUCCCCACUACCCAUGGACAAAACUUCUUUCCCUCCCUCUUCCUGAGGGGGGUGCAGGGCGCUCACCCCGUGUUGGGGUGGAAUGAUAUUGUUGGCUUCUUUUAGUUUAACUGUUAAAUAAUGAUGAUAAUAUUAAUAAUAAAACAGAUUCUAUCA